CCCGACAUGUAAACAUCAGCGUACCGGAAGUAGUAGCAGCGUGCUUUUGCUAACCAUCUGCUUUAGCAUCAAACUGUUUCAUGGUUUGUUUUUAACAUGGACAACGUGACAGACGGUACGUGGGACAGUUUACCUGUUAAACUCAACGACGGAAUUUUACAAACACUCGACGAACUGAAAUUUACCUACAUGACACCUGUACAGUCUGCUUGCAUUCCGCUGUUUAUGAACAACAAAGAUGUGGCUGCUGAAGCGGUGACUGGAAGUGGGAAAACACUGGCUUUUGUCAUUCCUGUUAUAGAACUGCUCCUGAAGCGAGAAGAGAAACUAAAGAAGAUGCAGGUUGGCGCUCUGGUGAUCACUCCAACACGAGAACUGGCCCUGCAGAUCAGUGAAGUGGUGGAGAAAUUUAUUGAGAAGUUUCCACAAUUUAAGCAGAUGGUUCUGAUUGGUGGCAGCAACCCGAUAGAGGAUGUGGAGAAGUUCAAGAAUCAGGGAGCGAACAUUGUGAUUGCGACGCCUGGCCGCCUGGAGGACAUGUUCAGGAGGAAGGCGGAGGGCGUGGACUUGGCCAGCGCCGUCAGGAGUCUAGAUGUGUUGGUUCUGGAUGAGGCCGACAGACUGCUGGACAUGGGCUUCGAGGCCAGUCUGAACACCAUCCUGAGCUUCCUGCCCAAACAGAGGCGUACCGGCUUGUUUUCAGCCACUCAGACUCAGGAGCUGGAGAAGCUGGUGAGGGCCGGCCUCAGGAACCCCGUACGGAUCACCGUCAAAGAGAAAGGCCUGGCUGCAGCGGCUGCCGCCGUGCAGAAGACCCCCUCCAGGCUUUCCAACUACUACAUGAUUUGUAGAUCAGAGAAUAAGUUCAACAAUCUGGUGGCGUUUCUAAGGCAACACAAGCACGAGAAGCACCUGGUCUUCUUCAGCACCUGCGCUUGUGUGGAGUUCUACGCUCGAGCUCUGGAGAUGCUCAUCAAGAAGGCCGCCGUCCGCUGCAUCCACGGCAAGAUGAAAAACAAGCGCAACAGCAUCUUUGCCGACUUUCGCUCCCUGAAAAGCGGCAUCCUGGUGUGCACGGACGUGAUGGCCAGAGGCAUCGACAUCCCCGACGUGAACUGGGUGCUGCAGUAUGAUCCUCCCAGCAGCGCCAGUGCCUUUGUGCAUCGAUGUGGACGAACGGCACGUAUCGGUAACUACGGCAACGCUCUUGUCUUUUUGCUGCCAAUGGAAGAAUCGUAUGUCAGCUUCUUAUCCAUCAAUCAGAAAUGCCCGCUCCAGAAGAUGCCGCCUGUCAACGACGUCGUGGACGUGCUGCCCAAGGUGAAGGCCAUGGCGCUGGCGGACCGCGCCAUGUUCGAACGAGGCAUGAGGGCCUUCGUCUCGUACGUCCAGGCCUACGCCAAACACGAAUGUAGCCUCAUCUUUAGAGUCAAAGAUCUGGACUUCGCCUGCUUGGCUCGAGGCUUCGCUCUCCUCCGCCUGCCAAGGAUGCCGGAGCUGAAGGGAAAAACGCUUCCAGAUUUCACCGAGACGACGGUGGACACGGACACCAUUCGCUUCAAGGACAAGAACCGGGAGAAGCAGAGGCAGAAGAUGCUGGCCGAGAUGAAGGACAAAGACAAGACCGCUCCUCCCAGAAAGAGCUUCAUCAAGAACAAGGCCUGGUCCAAACAGAAGAGCAAGAAGGAGCGGCGGAAAAAGGUGGCGGCCAAGAGGAAACACCAGGAGGGCUCGGAUGUGGACGAUGAAGACUUGGAGGAGCUUUUAAACGACACUCGCCUCCUAAAGAAACUAAAGAAAGGACAAAUCAGCGAGGAAGACUUCGAGAAGCAGAUAACGAGUGAACCGAAGUCAAAGCACGACACAGAAGGACCGUGA